AGGGAGUAUUAUCUAGCUUCUUCUCCUCUCUCUUUCAAACAAUCAGACACACGCACAUCAAAUUACAGCCUUAUAUCUCUAAUCCAUCUCAUCAUUAAUCAAUCCUUUUCUUUUUUCAUGGUAAUAAAAUAAUUUGUCGAUCCAAUUAAUAAUGCUCCUCAUCCUCUUCUUCCGAUGGGCUGUGGCAUUUCCCGUUUUGACUCCCGGUUGCACGAUCACGAUCAUGAUCGUGUUGAUGGUGAUGGGCGAGAAGACCGUUCCACCAAAAACAAUCACGGUGGCAAAGGACGUCUCCUAUUUGUCAAGAGCAGUACUAACGGCGGAGGGGGUGACGGUUGUCGGAGGAGUGUCUCAUCUCAUCCAUAUAAUAAGUCCUUGUCCCCGAUCAAUCAUAUAGCAUCUCAGCAGCAUCACCGCUGUCACGAACGGCCAAAUAAAAGGAAUUCCGGCGAAAUUGAGAACAAGAAUAUUCUAGAUAGAGAAAACAACAAUCUUAAUAAAUAUGGCCGGGAUGCUGAAAAAGACGAAGAAGAAGAAGAAGGUGGUGGGAGAAAAUGUAUAUCUAAGGAUGAUAUUGAUAAAAAUAAUAAUAAUAAUGGUGAUGAGAUGGAAGGAUCAUCAAUCAUGUUUAGGGGAUCACCAAGCUUUAGGGAAUACUGCCGUCCAGAAGAUCAAAUCAAUACCAAUAACAAUAACAAUACAAAUGACAAGGAGGAGGAGGAGAUGAUGAGGAAGAAAACAGUAGUGGGGGUCAGAACUAGAAGGGAGAACAUUAAGAAUAAGGGAGCAGGUUCUGGUGGGGUGGCAGCUGCAGUGAAAAGAAGAGUGAGAAGAUUGAGAAAGGUUUCACCAACAACAACCACAUAGCCCCUCAACCAGGCCCAUCACAUACUAUAAUAAUUACCACAUUAUUAUAUACUUACUACAUAAUAAUUAACUUGUAAUUAUUUUCCAUUAUUUUUUACAAAUAUAUAUAUAUAUCAAUAUCUACUUCUUCUUGUCUCCCUUUCUCUUUAAUUUGCAGUCAUGUGUUUUUCUUACAUUCAACUUCAAUCAAUAUAUACUAUAUUUUUUCAUUUUAAACAUUCAUUUUUUCA